AUGCUCAGAAGUAACACGACUCUGGUAACGGCUCAAGAGGGCCCGAAAAUGAACACCAACACCACCCGACCCGGUAAGACUUUCAAGAACAACAAAAAUUCGAUGCAUGUCACCGCGUUUUUCGUGAUGUUAUGUUUGUGUUUGCUACAUAAUGAUAGCAACGCAGCCGUAUACAAAAAGAGGGCUAUCGCUUCAACCACCGAAAGUACUACGGUACCAAUGAAAGAGUGUCACAAUAAUACCCCUUGUGGAUGGGCCAUCUACGUACCAUUCACACGCCGUAUGGAGUAUUUCAUGAAAAACACUUGCAUUUGCAAUCCGACCUUGGCGUGCUUGAAGUCAGAAGAUGAUCUGGCCGUCAACGCUUACGUGUUCCGCUGCAUGACCCGAGUCACAUUGACUACUACGGAAAUUACACCGACGACAACGACAUAUAAUGAUAUCUACGUCAUUUCACCAACAUAG